UUCCCUCACAGGCAUGGAGGAAAAGGGGAACAGAUGAAGAGAACCUGUCUGGAACUGUGAGAAGCCUGGAAUUUCUUCAGCCUGUUUCAGUCCUUUAGAGACAAGCAAUGCCUGCAGGAAUGAAUAAACAUGGAUCUCGAUCUACUACCUCUUUGCCCCCGGAUCCUAUGGAGAUUGUCAGGAGCAAAGCCUGUUCCAGAAGGGUCAAGCUUAAUGUGGGGGGCUUGGCACAUGAGGUUUUAUGGCGAACCCUGGACAGGUUACCACGGACAAGGUUGGGUAAACUCAGAGAUUGCAAUACUCAUGAAUCCCUAAUGGAUAUAUGUGAUGAUUAUAACUUGGAAGAGAAUGAAUAUUUCUUUGAUAGGCACCCUGGGGCAUUUACUUCUAUCUUGAACUUCUACCGCACGGGCAAGUUGCACAUGAUGGAGGAAAUGUGUGCCUUGUCCUUCAGCCAAGAACUGGACUAUUGGGGGAUUGAUGAGAUUUAUCUAGAGUCUUGUUGCCAGGCAAGGUACCACCAGAAAAAGGAACAGAUGAAUGAAGAGCUCAAGAGAGAAGCAGAAACAAUGCGGGAAAGGGAAGGAGAGGAGUUUGAUAACACUUGCUGUGCAGAAAAGAGGAAAAAACUCUGGGACCUUUUGGAGAAGCCCAAUUCUUCUGUAGCGGCCAAGAUUUUGGCCAUUAUUUCCAUCAUGUUCAUUGUGCUCUCUACAAUUGCCUUGUCUCUAAACACUCUUCCUGAGCUUCAGGGCACAGAUGAGUAUGGACAUCCUACAGAUAACCCUCAGUUAGCCCAUGUGGAGGCAGUGUGCAUUGCAUGGUUUACAAUGGAAUAUCUCUUGCGUUUCCUCUCUUCUCCUAAGAAAUGGAAAUUUUUCAAAGGACCACUGAAUGCCAUUGACUUGUUGGCAAUCUUGCCCUAUUAUGUCACCAUCUUCCUCACAGAAUCCAACAAAAGUGUACUUCAGUUCCAAAAUGUGCGGAGGGUAGUCCAGAUAUUUCGUAUCAUGAGGAUACUCCGAAUUCUAAAGCUGGCCAGGCAUUCCACUGGUUUGCAGUCUCUGGGAUUUACAUUGAGGAGAAGCUACAACGAGCUUGGAUUGCUUAUUUUGUUUUUGGCCAUGGGCAUUAUGAUCUUUUCAAGCUUAGUGUUUUUUGCAGAAAAAGAUGAGGAUGAUACAAAAUUCAAGAGCAUCCCAGCAUCUUUCUGGUGGGCAACAAUAACUAUGACAACUGUUGGCUAUGGAGACAUCUACCCUAAAACCCUCUUAGGUAAGAUUGUUGGUGGGUUAUGCUGUAUUGCUGGGGUCUUAGUGAUUGCCCUUCCAAUCCCAAUCAUUGUAAAUAACUUUUCAGAGUUCUACAAAGAACAGAAGAGGCAGGAAAAGGCCAUUAAGCGUAGAGAAGCCCUUGAAAGAGCAAAAAGGAAUGGGAGCAUUGUGUCCAUGAAUAUGAAGGAUGCUUUUGCACGUAGUAUAGAACUGAUGGACAUAGUUGUUGAAAAGAAGGGCGAAAAUGCAGGCAAAAAGGAUAAAGUUCAGGACAAUCAUUUAUCCCCAAGCAAAUGGAAAUGGGCCAAAAGAUCACUCUCUGAAACUAGCUCCAACAAAUCUUUGGAGACAAAGGAACAAGGGUCACCUGAAAAAGCUAGGUCUUCCUCCAGUCCUCAGCAUCUAAAUGUUCAGCAACUGGAAGACAUGUACAACAAAAUGGCAAAAGCUCAGUCACAGCCAAACCUCAAUUUAAAGGAGACAAGUCAACCCACCAAGCAAAAAGAAGAACUAGAAAUGGAGGCCAUUCCUGGCCCAAUGGUCCCUUUGCUGACUACUCGGGCAGAUGGAAUAAUUGACAUGAGAAGCAUGUCAAGCAUAGACAGUUACAUAAGCUGUGUGACAGAAUUUCCUGAAGCUGGGAGAUAUUCCCAUAGCCCACUGACUACACUGACCAGCAAAGGUGGGAAACAUCCACUUCAGGAUCCAUAUAGACUGGAAGGAAGCGGGGCCAAAUUCAUGGAAAUAAAGCCAAACUUGGAAAGUGGCCAUUGCUCAACCUUUUUCAUAGAGAGCCCCAAAAGUUCAAUAAAACUCAUUAAUCCUCUAAAACUGAGAUCUCUAAAGGUUAAUUUUAUGGAAGAGGAUGCUGUAGGGUCAGCAGCUUCAAAUGUCCUAAGAAUAUACCCAGAUACCAUCAAGAACAGGGGAGCUACAGGUGCUGCUACAGAUAGUUCUGGACAUUCUGACCGGUCUCUAAUGAGUCCAGAAACUUCUGUUUAUACUACUGCAAGUGCUAGAACCCCUACAAAGUCACCUGAGAAGCAGACACCAAUUGUUCUUAACUUCCAUGAUGCUGGCAUUCAUAAAUUUAUUGAUGCUGACACGGAUGAUGAAGGUCAGUUGCUUUAUGACUCAAGCCCUCCAAAAGCCUCUUCAGGAUACACAAGCCCCAAAUGCAGCACUUCUCAUAGGGGCUAUUUAAGGCAACGAGAUAAUGUUUGUAGAACAGAGAAGGACCACUUAGCAACAGCUGCUUUGUCCUCCUCACCCAAGCUUUUAGGGCAAAAUUGCCUUUAUUCCAUGGAAAGUAUCACUGGAAGAACCCAUGGUAACCAGGAAACUAUCAAAUUAGAUAAUCAUAUUUCACCUGAGGUUCACAUAUUACCAGGUGGAGGAGGAGGAGGUGGUCACGGUAACAUGCAUGAUCAAAAUAUCUGAUCAGUGCUGCAGAAUGUUGGUUAACAACUGACAGGAAUGCCUUUACACUCAACACACAAAGAAGAGAUUCUGCAUGGCAUGAACUUUUGACUGAACAAGCCACCUGUUUUGUAAACAUCAGAAGGAUGUCUUGAAAUGGGAUUAAGGAUAAUACCUCCUCUGGAUCUACUCAAAAUUCUUACUCCAACCACACUACAGUCAUGAAGUAAAAUGAAGUUUGUGCACAUCUUGAUCAUAAAUUGAUCUCCUUUCAACUUCCUUUACAGAAGCCAGUGUGACCAAUUCUUCCACUCAUUCACUCCUUUAACAUAGACCUCUUUUGUGGCAAUACCAGUAUCUGACUUGCAUUAUCAUCUUAAAGUGAUCUAGAUAUCCAUAGUCAAAUACUGGAACAAAUUGUAGAUGUGAUCAGAAAUGCAACACUUUAUGCUUAAAGGUAACUAUUCCAAACAUCCCCAUCCAU